AUGUCGAAAAAGGAUUUGAACCUUCGCUCCCCGAAUGGAACAUUUAGAGGAGCUCCUAUGUCAAUAAUUUCUAUUCCUUUUGUUAAACCAUCUAUAGAGGCAUUGCAGGAAGGAGGAAAGCGUGCGUUUCAUAAAUACCUUCCUGCUAAGGAUCUUGUUUUCAAGCCUCUUCCUGGUAACGAAGAAAAAAAGUAUUGGCCCUGUGGAUUUGAUCGAACACCAUUAGGAACAGGAUCCGAAUUCCUAAUUUCCUCGCAGCAGAGGACAAAUACAGCUAAGAAGAAAAUGAUUCAUAGGACCAAAUUUCAGAAGACUGGGCAACGGUUUUCUCAGUCAAGAUUCAAGCAGAGUAACACUAAGAAAAACAUGCAAUUACAUGCACAAGAACACGCGGGAAAACUAAAAUCAUCCAAUUAUACAAGAAGUGACGCAGUUACAUGCACGAGAACACGCGAUGUUACCAUACUAAGAACACACACCACUGUGAACAACUAA